AUAUUGUCCCCGGAGCGUCACGUGCUUUGGAAUAUGCUGGCUGCCUUUGUUGCCUCUCUGCCUGUUCUGCUUUUCUGGCACUUUCAUACAAUGGUGCACUUGAACACUGUGAUGUUAUUAAGCCUUUCAAACUACUACUACAGCCUGAAUUCCAGCUCUCAGGAAAGACUAGCAUCCUAAUGUAGGAUACAUGGCACAAGAUACACCAUCCAGGAACAACAGCAAGGACUGAGUGCAACAUCCGAACAAAGAUAAUGUCGCAGAGAGCAGACGCCUCCCGGUGUGGCGGGAUUGUGGUCGAGUUUGAGGCUGACGACAUCAGGGAUGCAAGAGCUAAAAAAGCUAGGAGUAUACCAGGUUCAGCUCUUAUCUACCUCAAGGGUCCCAAGUUUCUCAUCUAUGUCAGUGGGGCAUUGUCAAUGUGGGGUGACCGCAUGUGGCACUUUGCAAUUUCUGUCUUCCUGAUUGAGCUGUACGGCCGUAACCUGCUGUUGACUGCAGUGUUUGGAUUGGUAGUGGCUGGGUCAGUGCUCCUGCUUGGGGCUUUGAUUGGAGACUGGGUUGAUCGCAAUCCUAGGAAUAAAGUCGCACAUGCAUCUCUUUUCAUUCAGAACAUCUCAGUGACAGUAUGUAGCAUUGUGCUCAUGUUGGUGUUCUCAUAUAAGCAAAGGAUUGAACAGAUCUGGGAUGGGUGGCUUACUGUGGUUUGUUAUACGGUGGUGAUCGUCCUGGCAGAUGUGGCAAACCUUGCAAGCACAGCACUGACCAUCGCCAUUCAGAGGGAUUGGAUUGUGGUUAUCACGGGCUACAACCGAGGUCACCUAGCUGGAAUGAAUGCAACCAUGAGGCGGAUAGAUCAGGUGACUAACAUCCUGGCCCCACUGGCAGUGGGACAGGUCAUGACCCUGGCCUCCAAUGUAGUUGGCUGCGGCUUCAUCCUGGGCUGGAACCUUGUGUCUCUCAUUGUGGAGUUCUUCUUCUUGUCACGGGUGUACCGCAUCGUCCCUGCUCUUUCAGUGAAACCACCAGCGCUAGAGGAGGAUCAGGCAUACCUGCAGAGGACAGAGGGGCAAAGGUCAGAAGGGGAAUCCACUGUUGGUCGGCCUCAACCUAUAACAGAGGGCAACUGCAACUCCAGUGCACCCCUAACAGAAAUCACCAACCUGCCGCUGUGUUUCCGGAGGUUUCGCUGGCUUGUGAGCACCUGUAAGGAAGGCUGGAGGGCCUACUAUCGCCAGCCCGUCUUCCUUGCAGGAAUGGGUUUGGCUUUCCUCUACACCACAGUCUUGGGGUUUGACUGCAUCACCACCGGCUAUGCCUAUACUCAGGGCAUAAGCGGAUCUCUACUCAGUUUGCUGAUGGGCGUGUCAGCUAUCACAGGUUUGAUGGGCACCGUGAUGUUCACCAGACUCAGGAAGACCUAUGGCCUGGUUAACACGGGUAUCAUCUCAAGCUGCCUCCACCUGGGCUGCUUGCUGCUGUGUGUGUGCUCUGUGUUUGCCCCGGGCAGCCCCAUGGAUCUUAGCCUGCUGAUGCCCUACAUUUACGCCAAUUCCUCUGCUGAGCUUGGAGGGAUGGCGAGCCAAAGGCAAAAACACACCUAUCCUCUGACAGGAGGAAGCAAUCAGCCGCUGCUGCCCGACCGUUCCUCCAUCCACUGGACCAACAACACUGUGCUUUUUGACAAUGUGCCCUCUGGCACGGCACCAGAAUCUUACUUAUCUAUUAUCCUGCUGUUCUUGGGGGUCAUCACAGCACGCAUUGGUCUCUGGUCCUUCGACCUAACUGUGACCCAACUUCUACAAGAGAACAUCUGCGAGUCAGAGAGAGGAGUGGUGAAUGGGGUACAGAGCUCCAUGAAUUACCUCAUGGAUCUGCUGCACUUCAUCAUGGUGAUCUCCGCUCCACAGCCACAACACUUUGGCAUCCUGGUCAUCAUUUCUGUAUUAUUCAUCACCACCGGGCACACUAUGUACUUCCUGUAUGCGCAUAAAGCCAAGAGAAAACGCCGCCACGACACAUAGGGAGCAGGCAUGCCUUACGCAUCCAGGCACGAGAUGCAAAUCAGCACUGAAUCCUUCUCUGCACCUGUGAGAUGAAUGUCUCCCUCCUGACCCUUCAGCAAUCUCAUUGCAACACUCUGCUCCUGACUUAGCCAUUCAUUUCAGCACAACACAGCCAGUGCCUGCAAGUCCCACCUCGGUUGCUUUCUUCCUGCAGAGCCAUGUGCCGCAGCAGCAUACAAGAACUCAGGUGAAGUAGAGUGGGAGUCAAGCUCUCCCUCCUAGUACAUAAAUUGAGGUGGCUACGAUUAAUGCAGCAGCGAUGCCUCCAGGAGAAAUAUCCUUAAUCCCAUGUACAACGUGACAUAACGGCUGACAUGGGCCAGAAAACUAGCAAAGGCCUUUGUACACUACAAACAGGUCUGUUAACUUACCCAGCUUUUUGGAUGGAUGGAUGGAUGGAUGGAUGGAUGGAUGGAUGGAUGGAUGGAUGGAUGGAUGGAUGGAUGGAUGGAUGGACUGUUCUUACCUCCACUCAGCAAAGAACUGAUGUGCGAGGAAAAACCUACAUCAAAAUAAAGACAAGCUGAAACAGUACUUUCACAAGUGGCAUCGAUGUUACUGAUCCGUCCACUUGGAAAUAUUCCAGGAUGUCCAAAAAGGAACAUAAAGGGAACUCGAUGUGACAUUGUUUGAUUAAAUGAAUCAGAAAGGCAGCCCCCCCUUUUAAUGGACAGAAGUGUAAGGACAAAAUAUUUCCUUCCCCUGGUUUGUUUCUCUGUGGAUGAAUCAACCAACACUUGCCUUUCUUCUAUGCAUGUAAACCUGGCUAAUAGGUCACAGCAACAGAAACUUUAUUCAAACUAUAAUACAAACUAUUUUAUUCUAAUUGCUUGUGUACUUAGAUACAUUUUCCCAACUUUCUUUCCUUCCCAUAUAAGAGUGAUAUUAUUAGUUUUAGAGAAAUCUAAGAGGAAACAGAUCUUUAUUUUGUGACACGUUUGAAAUCAGCGCUAGCUAUUUGUUAAUAGCAAAUGUUGGCUAUUGGCAGUAUUGUUUUACACUUUGCUUUAUUCUUUUGUAGUUCUGAUGAACUAAACAUUACCUUACCUCAAUUAAGAACACUGAAUACAACUUGGGAAUUACUCUCAACUACUGUAUGUUUUCAUAUCUCAUUCAUGUACAGUGGAAAUAACCUAGAAGUUUAAGCUUUCGUCAUACAACCAGCAUCACAUUUCAAUAUAUUUGUAUACUUUUCC